AUGAGUAUCUGGGAUAUGGAUCAGUACCACCAGAAGUCUGCUACUAUUGAUACCCACAUUGAUGGCCAGAUUGAGGACAUCAAUUCACAGAUCAAAGAUAUCCAGAACCCUGCCCAAGAGCAUGACGUGUCUGUCAGUCCGACUCAGCAGCGUGAGCCAUCUCCUGACUGA